UUGCAGCGUCACAAAGUUACAUUCAUAUCAUCAGCGAGAGGAGCUGGUGUGGGAAGGUCCCUAACUAGGAGCACGUUCUCUCCCCACGCAACAUGCCUUCCUAUUUUGCCCUGUGCUGUUUUCUACUGGCUAGCGUUGGCGUCUGCUUCGCGACUUUUGGACAUGAACAUGUUCAUAUUCGAGUUCACCUACCCGAAGAACAUCACUCAUCAAAAGAAGUAGUCGUACAUGAAGAACAUCACCAUGACGAUCAUGGCCAUGGAGGCGGGGGAGGCUACGGCGGUGGUCACGGCGGUAGCCACGGUCAUGGCGGAGGAAGCUUCGCUGACCAUUUACAUGGUGGAUUCGUAGAUCAUCUCAAAGGUCAUGGCGGUGGAUUUGGUGGAGGCCAUGGCGGUGGAUUUGGUGGGGGCCAUGGCGGAGGAUUUGGUGGUGGUCAUGGCGGGCAUGACUUCGGUGGUAGUCAUGGAGGACAUGACUUCGGAGGUGGUCACGGAGGACAUGACUUUGGAGGCGGUUAUGGCGGAAGUUUCGGCGGUGACCACGGCCAUGGUAUUUCAAUAAGUGGAGGAAUUGGUGGCGGCCAUGGUGGUCAUGACUUUGGAGGUGGUCAUGGAAGUUCAGGCGGCCAUGGGCAUGAUUUUGGAGGAGGCCAUGGAGGAUUGGAAUUAGGCGGUGGAGAUGGAGGAUUGGAAUUAGGAGGUGGACAUGGAGGUUAUGAUUUAGGAGGUGGUCAUGGAGGUCACGGAGGUGGUAUUGAAUUGGGGGGUCACGGCAGUCACGGCGGAAGUUUCGGUGGUAGUUUUGGAGGCAGUCACGGAGGUGGACACGAUCACAGUAGCCAUGAUUUAGGUGGUAGUUUCGACGGUGGAUUAGGUGGUGGCCACAUUGGCGGACAUGACCACGGCGGCCAUGACUUCGGUGGUAGCUUAGGAGGUGGUUUUGGAGGUGGACAUGAUGACCAUCACGGCGGCGGUGGAUAUUCCGGUGGAGUUAGUGGUGGACAUGGCGGAAGCUUUGGAGGUGGAUUUGGAGGUGGUCACGAUGACCAUCACAGCAGUGGUGGUUUUUCCGGUGGAUUUGGAGGAGGACAUGGAUUUUCAUCAGGAGGACAUGACAGUUAUAGCGGUGGAUUAUCAUCUGGUGGACAUGACAGUUACAGUGUGGGUGGUCAUGAUAGUCAUGGCUCUGGUGGUUUCGGAGGUGACAUAGGUGGUCAUAGUAGCCAUGGCUCUGGUGGUUUCGGAGGUAGUUUUGGAGGCCAUGACAGUCAUGGAUCUGGAGGUUUCGGCGGAGGUCACGAUAGCUACAGCAUAGGUGGACACGGUGGGUUUUCUGGAUCCAGUGGCCUCUCGUUUGGAGGUGGACACGGGAGCCAUGGAGGUCACGGUGGAUUUGGAGGUAGCCACGGUGGAGACAGUUACAGUAUUGGAUUAGGUAGUUCAGGAGGUCAUGGAAGCUUCGGUGGUGACAGUUAUACAAAUGCACUCGGUUCAGGACAUGGCGGUGGACCUUACCACAAAAGAAAGUGAAGCCUGACCUGUAAUUAUUAUAAUGGGGCCAACUAAGUCAUAGUCUUCAAUUGUUAAAAUAUGGAUAAUUGUUUUAUCCAGUAUUAGAUACAAAGUUCAAAUAUUGUAAAUAAGUUAUAGAUUAAGUUAUUGUUGUUAUUGUUGUAGUAAAUAUUAUUUAA